AUGGUCGUCAAAGUCGAGCUUCCCGAGCCCUUCGUGAGUAUCCCUCGCGAGCCACUUACCUUCGGCCCGUCGCCGAUUCAGCACCUCCCGCGCAUCUCCCAAGCGCUCGGCGGCAAGGUCAACGUCUACGCCAAGCGCGAGGACUGCAACUCCGGACUCGCCUUUGGCGGAAACAAGAUCCGCAAACUGGAAUACCUCCUCCCCGACGCCCUCGCCCAAAACUGCGACACGCUCAUCAGCAUUGGCGGUAUCCAAUCGAAUCACACGCGCCAAGUGGCUGCUGCGGCAGCCAAGCUGGGUCUGCAUGUGGCACUGGUCCAAGAACACUGGGUUCCCGGCGUCUGGUCGGCUAACCCCGUCUACUCUCGCGUUGGCAACCUGCAGCUGUCGCGCCUCAUAGGCGCCGACGUGCGGGUUGCGAGCCCGGAGGAGGGGUUCGGCAUUCAGCAUAAGCCGACACUGGCCCGACUGAGGGAGAAGUUGAUUGCGGAGGGGAAGAAGCCAUAUUAUAUCCCCGCUGGGGCGUCGGACCAUCCGUUGGGCGGGUUAGGUUUCGCAAGGUGGGCAUUUGAAGUGAUUGCGCAGGAGGAGGAGAUGGAGGUGUUUUUUGACACGGUGGUGGUAUGUGCCGUGACGGGGUCGACAUUUGCGGGGAUGGUGGCGGGGUUUAAGCUUGCUGAGUUGAAGCUUGGGGCGAGGAAGAGGAGGGUGGUGGGCAUCGAUGCGUCUGCGAAGCCGGCGGAGACGCGCGAGCAGGUGCUGAGGAUUGCACGGCAGACAGCGGUUAGGAUCGGGUUGGAGGAGGGGGAUAUUCAGGACGAGGAUGUCGUGCUGGAUGAGAGAUACCAUGCUGGAGCGUAUGGGGUUCCGGAUGAAAGGACGAUGGAGGCGAUCAGAUUUGGGGCGAGGACUGAGGCGUUCAUUACGGAUCCGGUGUAUGAGGGGAAGAGCUUUGCGGGAAUGUUGGAUAUGAUUCGAAAUGGGGAGAUGCCGGAGGGGAGUAAUGUGCUGUUUGCGCAUCUGGGGGGACAGCUGGCGCUCAAUGCGUACUCGGCGCUGGAGUAG